AUGGACGUGAUUGACGACAGGCUGAAGAAUAUUGAAGAUGCCCUCGUCAAUCUAUCGGCCGCCUCAUCCGCCCCAGGAUCCGCAGAGCCCAGUUCAGACAUAGACGUCCUCAGCACAACGUGGAGCGACCCAGCCAGUGGCGAUGACCUUCGUCCCAACGGCGAUUACACGCUUCGGAUGCAGACUCUACAGGCCAGUGAUUUUCUGGAGCAUGCAGUGGCGCAAGGGCGGGUACGGGAGCGCAACCCAAAUGUGCAUUCCGCCCUGACCAAAUUAAGAGAGCUUGUGCAAGGACAACGACGAUGGUCGACGAGUCUCGACCAGCGGUUUCCCAUGCAGCGUCCAGUCCCAGAUGGAGGCCUACAAAACCUACCUCUGCCUCCGUAUACUGUUGCCAUGACUCUCCUCAAGGAAGCUCAAACUGGAGGUCCUACCAUGUUUGUUUAUAACUCCGCCCUAGUCGGCAUCACAGACUUAUCGCAACUUGCCGGUGCUACCUACAGCAGCCCUCAUACAGCCACCCAUGCCCAGUUGACAGUCGUGAAUGCCAGCCUGUUCGCUCUUUUCUCCGAGCAGGGGUCAAAUACAGCCAAUCUGAGGCUCAAGGAAGAAUACCGAUCUUACGCCCAACUCUGUCAGGCGAAUCUGGACACCCUCAUCAAGCACAUCCCUCUAUUUCAGCCAGCAAAAGUCAUCAACAUACAGGCCCUCCUCCUGGCUGUCUCGUACUCGGUGGACAUGUGUUGGCCCGCCGUCGCCUGGCAGCUGAAUGCACAAGCCGUCCAGCUCUGCCAAGAUGGAGGCUUCCACCGAAUAGAGUGUAUGGACAACGACGCGGAAAUGACACGGAUCAAGUCGAAUCUGUUCUGGCAGGCCUUCGUGUUCGACAAAGCCCUCAGCUUGAGGCUUGGGCGCGCGUCUGUUGUUGCGGACUGGGAUAUCACCAUCCCGAAGAAGCUUGAUUUGGCGGCGUGGGACCAACUCAAGAAGGCGGACGUGCCCAAAAUUUGGCUCUUGACAAGUCCAAUUCGGUCGCGCACCUAUGAGCAAUUGUAUAGCAAGGAGGCAAUGUCAGCAUCGCCGAUGGAGCUGCUUUCACGAGCCAGAGAACUUGGAAACGAAUGCAUGGCCAUUGAAAAGGAGAUAUUGAAGCUGGAUGGAGAUUCCUCAUCACAGUUCAAAUCCGCUUCAGAUCCAUCUGACCUCAUCAAUUUGUUUGUUGUGAGCAGCAAAGUGCAGUUUUAUGUCAUGUCGACGUUCGUGCAUCGGGUCAUCCCAGCACCCGAGGGCUCUGGUAGUCAAUUUUCUAAUGAAUGCCUCGAGUCGUCGCGGAAUGCGAUCAAGUGCCACCUCAAUGGCCUUGGAACUCUUGGCGAUAGUUCAUAUCUAAAGCAGACGUAUGUUAGCUGGACAAUGAUGUUGACCCCAUUUGCCCCCUUCUUCAUCCUCUUCUGCCAUGUUAUUGAACGGGUGGAUAUUGAGGAUCUCAACCUUCUCAAGGCAUUUGCGGAGUCGUUAGAUAAGCUGAAGGAAGCAUCAGAUACAGCACAAAAGCUCUUUAGCCUAUGCAAAACCAUGUGCGAUGUUGCAUGUGCGUACCACGAGGACAUUUGGCAGGGUGAUCAGGAUGGGGCACUCAAUCAUGAGACUUUCGACUUUGCGACUGGUACUCACGUUGAGCCUAGGGGCACCUCGGGCACCGCAGAUCUGAUGACAUCUGAUUCAACCCCUUAUGACGUCUGA